AAGUGUAUGUUUACUCCAGUGCGAGGUCGUCAGGUGUUUGAAUUUGGACGGAAAGCGAUCGCAGAUGCAGACUGUUUCGAUACCUUGCUGCAUUGGCUUGCUUUGUAGGGGCAGAGAAGAGCAAAUUUUUAUGCCACGAACCAUGAAGUGUUAAGCAAUGAUGAUAACGAAGAAUGCUAAAGACAGUGUAAAUCUACAUCGCGUUAGUGGGGGCAGCACGCGUUAGCUGACGCGUUUGUUGACCAUAACAUGAUUGCAGCCACAUCGCUCUUCCCUUUAAAUGGCGCUAAAGUUUGCUGAUUUACACUACAGGUAACCUUGAUUGAGCAGAGCGAGCGCAUCUCAGUUGACCGGAACACAACGACGUCGCCGACGACCGCGAAUCCCGUACGACGUUUUGCUCCCCCCUUAUGCUAGAGGCUGGUGGUGGCGCUGCUGCUGGCGACGGUGACGGAGCAGUGGUUGGGGAAUGAUUUUGCUCUCAUUAUCUGUGCCUUUAACAGUACCGCUCGCUGCAUCUGAACGAGGCAUCGUGAAAUGACGAUUAUCCUGUUUCUGGUGGACACCUCGGCGUCGAUGUGCCAGAAGGCUCACGUGAAUGGUGUCCAGAAGAGCUACCUGGACAUUGCGAAGGGAGCGGUCGAGACGUUUCUCAAAUACCGCCAGCGGUCGCAGGACUGUAUGGGCGAUCGAUACAUGCUGCUCACGUUCGAGGACCCACCGAACAAUGUGAAGGCUGGCUGGAAGGAAAAUCACGCCACGUUUAUGAAUGAGCUGAAAAAUUUGCAAAGCAACGGGCUCACCUCGAUGGGCGAGGCCCUGAAGAAUGCGUUCGAUCUGUUGAAUUUGAACCGGAUGCAGAGUGGCAUCGAUACGUACGGACAGGGUCGGUGUCCGUUCUAUCUGGAACCGUCGGUGAUUAUCGUGUUGACCGAUGGUGGCAAGUAUUCGUUUCGGAAUGGGGUACAUCAGGAGAUUAUCCUCCCGCUGCAUACACAAGUUCCGGGGACGAAGCUGACGAAGGAACCCUUCCGGUGGGAUCAACGAUUGUUUUCGUUAGUGCUCCGAAUGAGUGGGAACCGAGCGGAUGAACGGGUUGAUGGGAAAGUGCCGCAUGAUGAGUCGAUGAUCGAGAAGAUGUGUGAGGUAACUGGAGGUCGAUCGUACAAAAUCCGGUCACAAUAUGUACUGAAUCAGUGUAUUGAGAGUUUAGUGCAAAAAGUACAACCGGGCGUGGUGAUACAUUUCGACCAGCUGUUGACGACAAAUAACGGGGAGAAUGGGGGAGCCGAUCUGCAGUUCCAGUCUAUCAAGCGGAUGAUAUACGUGCAGAAACAUCCUCAGCAGAAAACCUUUCCCGUGGGUUUUUGGCCCAUACCGGAGCCCUACUGGCCGGAUCCCAAGUCCAGUAGCCUACCGCCGAGGGAUGCCCAUCCGAAGAUCAAAAUAAUCACCCCUUGCUGCGACGAGCCGGUGAUGUUGCGAAACUUUCCCAUCGAUAAGUACGAACUGGAACCGAGUCCGCUGACGCUGCAAAUCCUCUCCAAGAAGGAAACCAACAAGGUGUGGCCGCUGAUCGUUUCCAGCGGGAUGCAUGUGAUCGAGAUGCCUUUCGGCUUCCUGAAGCCGAGCAGUACGAUGACCGUGGUGAAUUUGUACGUGCUUCCGUACAACUACCAGACGUUUCUGCCUCUGAUUAACGAUUUAUUUCAUAAAUACAAUCUUAAUCCGCCGAACGAUUGGAUGUACAAGUUUAGCAACUAUGUUAAAUCAAUUCCACAAUACUACUGCCCGUUUUUGAGGCGAGCGUUGGCGACGACACCAAACGUACCCUACCAAUUGGUGCAGUAUAUUCUUCCGGAGAACUUGGACAGCUAUCUAAGUCCGGCGGUAGCGAAUUACCUGAAACAGAUGAAGAGCACGGCGAAACAGGACCAGGAAAAUCUGUGCCUGCGGGUGUUCAAACAGCUUAAGCAACCCAAACCCGCUUACCAUCAGCUGGAGACGGUGAAGCUUAACCCAGGGCAACCGCUCAAGCGUGACUUGGUGUCCCAUCCGAUGCUCAAGGAUGCGUUCAAUAAACUGCACGCAGAUAUAGCCAGUUUCGACAAUUACACGAUCGUGGUGCCAACUGUGAUGCGGCCCGCUUCGACGAAGAACUAUCGUAAUCCGUUCGACAUCCCUCGGCGGGAUUUGAUCGAUGAGAUUGCUCGGAUGCGAGAGAACUUCUUCCGGUUGCCAACGAGCGGAAUAACGAUGUACACGAAGGACAGCGGGCAUUGUUUGCCGAUUGCCGACAUGGGUAACUACCAGGAGUAUCUGAAGAACAAGGAAACGCCCCUCAGAGAGUUGGAACCGACGAACGUGAGGCAGCACAUGUUUGGCAACCCGUACAAGAAGGACAAAAACAUGGUUAUGGUGGAUGAAGCGGAUCUGAACGAAGCGGCACCAAUGAAGGGGGGAGGAAGUCGGGGUGAUAUCAGCGCGGGGGCACUGAAAAGUCGAGUCGAUCCAAACGCAAGACUGAGUCGGAAGCGCAAGGCGGGACCAAUUAGGAAAGAUUACAUCUUUAAGCGGAAGUGUACAGGGUUGAGUGUGAGCUCAUCGUCGUCUAGUGUCACGUCGGAAACGAGUUCUUUAUCGGACUUCUCGUCCUCGGAUGAUGAUAGCGUAUCUGUGAUAGGCAGUUUAGGGUCGGAAGCGGAACUUGACGAUGAUCACGAUGAUCGGUUGGUGGUGGACUUCGAGUUUCCCAACGAUAAAGACGAGGAAAGUCCAAUCAAUGCUCACGUUCGGGAGUUCAUUGAAGGUCCAGACGAGGGUGGAAGUAUAGGUGCGGGACCACCUAACGAUCCUGGGUCUCCAGCAAGCCAGGAAUACAUGCAACCUGCCCCUAUCAGUAUCAUUUACCAUCACCAUCACCAGCAGCAGCAUAUUCACCUCCCCCACCAUCAUCAUCUCAGUUCGGCGGGAGUGCCUCAAACUAUUCCAAUCCCCAGCCCGCACGUAAGCUCCAGCACGAGCAGCAGCAGCAGCAGUACCAUAACCAGUAGCUCUGUCAGUUCGGCACCGAUCAGCGCGUCGAACGAUAUGAACGAUGUGCUGGAAAUCUCCAAUAUUCUCAAGACAUGUCACAACGGUGGCAACAGCUACGCGACACCGGAAGAACCUCCUCCCGAACCGGAAGUAAUAAAACCGGUGAAGGUGGCGAAAUCAAUCAAAGCCGAGAUUCCACCUCCGAAGCUAGAGAACGUGGGCGAACGUGUUUUGGUGAAUGGUGAACAUGUUCCUGUUGUUACCCCCAAGCCAGCCGCCCCCACGCGUAAGGUUCCCCGCCCUCUUACGGCCGAAGAAAAAGAACAAAUCCGACAGGAGAAUUUCGAAACUCGCUCGAUAGUAUUCAAAGAUAUCCGACGACCGGGGAGAAAUUACUCCCUACUGCUGGAGCAUCUGCAGCUUAUAAAAGGCGACCUUCAGAUUAAAACUGCCUUCAUCGAGAUGUGUGUCAAGGAAGCGCUUCGGUUUCGGCGGAAAAAGAUGGCGGACAGUAUCCAGGAGUGGUGGGACAAUCGGUUAGAAGCGAUGAAACGAGAGGAGGAGAAACAACAGCACAAGCAACAGCAGGCGAAACUGAACUACGUCAAUAACGCAAGCGCGAGUCAUCCCGCGUCAUCGUCGCACCCAAAUCAUCUAUCGACUCGACAUUCGCGACUACACCACCAUCCACAACAAGCCAGUAGCAGUAGUAGUAGUAGCAAUAGUUCUACCAACAAUAGCGGAGGAAGCAGUCAAAGCGGUGGUAGCAGUAGCGGAAGUAGUAAUAGUAAUAACAGUAGUAAAAGCAGUAGUUCCCAUUUCACCCACCAGUCGCACCCUCCCAACAAACAUCAGCCCCAUCCCAAACAUCCAAAUCACCAGAGUAGGAUAUGAGGAUGGACUCCAUCAUCUCGUUAACAAAAAUUGUAAAUUUUGGAAUGUUAGUUUUUUAUACUUUUUUUCUUGUCACUCCCAUCCUUAUCCCACAUCCCAUUAUUGUUCAAAGUGUAGUUAAGCAAAAACAGGACUGAGAAAACAAAACUUGAUAGUUUAAUGUAGUUUCAGUGAAUCGAGGAAAGCGAGAGAGAGGAAGAGCUAAGUGAGUUAGCGAGUGUGCAGCAGUGGUAGGGUUUUGUUUUUGUUUUAGCUUAGAGGAAAUCAAACUCGACAGUGGCAGAAGUUGAAAAAAAUCAAAUUCAGAAAACAACAAAAACAACUAGUGAGAGUGGUGGGAUUAAGACAGGAAACGUGUAUAUAGAUAAAUGUUAAAUAAAUUGAUA